AUGUCACGGCACAACAUUUCACACGAAACCAUCAUUGAGGCGCCCAUCGACCUUGUCUGGAAAGAACUGAUAGCGAUCGAUGAUUGGGAGUGGAAUCGUUGGACAAGGCUCAAGGCAACCGAGCCAGUGGAAGGAACUUCUGGAAAGUUGAUGGCAUCGUACGAAGGAGACGACAAGUGGCAAGAGUUUGAUUUUACAUUUGGUCCAGUCAAUGAAUCUUCCCAUAUUUUGACUUGGCAAGGUUCAGUUGCCGGUGGCUGUUUGUUUUCUGGUUAUCACACGAUGCAACUAGAAUCAGUCAAGGAAGGGCAAACAAAGCUGAUUCAUAAAGAACAGUUUGGUGGCCUCUUGCCAAUGAUUGGGGCAGGGUUGCCAUACAAAACUCUCAAUCGAAACUAUUUAUUGAUGAAUGAAUCGCUGAAAGACAAUGUGGAGAAGAAAGCAAAAAACAAAACUUGA